AUGGACGAGGGAACCGCCCCUGGGCCUUCUGAGCCCCCUCCGCUCCCAUAUACCCUGCAUACAAGAAAGAAAUCUAUCGCGAUCUUCUGGAUCAUCUUCGUGGUCGACACUUUGGCUCAGCCCCUGGUCCUGUACUGGUGUCUCUGGUACCUGACCGAUUUAUCACACAACUUGGUCUUCUCAAUUGUCACCGCAUCACUUGGAGGUGUAUCGGUUUUUGAAUAUUUCUAUCGCCUCUACAAUCUAUUCCGAAAACACUCACGCGCCCGACCCCUGAACGCCCGGUCAUCAUGGCUGGACUUCUUUCAGAUCAACUUCACCAUCGUGUGGUUGAUCCUCGCCGUUAUUCUUGUCGUUGGAUCGGUUCCUGAAGAACCUUAUGUACGCCUUGUGGCUAUGGUCCUUCCAGCCGUCAUGUUCUACUUCGGCAUCGUCUACCUCUCUCUCGACGUCUUCCGCAUGCUGGGCUACAAAGCCCCCUUCCGAAUCUCAUCAACUCCCAAGGGUUCAGUUAUGCCGACUGCGCUCUACGCUUUAAUCGAAGAUGUCGUCGCCGUGGACGGCGGCGGUGGCCAGAUUUACCGCUACGCUCUUCGCACUCGAUACCUAUCCAGCCCCUACUUCCGACGCAUGCUGUUCGAAAUGAACUGCUUCUGGAGCGGAGGAUCUAUUAUCUUUGCCGCUGCCAUUACCGCCGUUGUCUUUACGGUGCAAGAAAACGUUGCAUUUACGCUGGGCUGGUCCCUUCCAUUUGCAUGGGCUAUUGUUUGGACUUUGAUUACCAUCCCUUGGGUUCAAAGUGAUCUCCGCCGCGAGAAGAAAGCUUGGGCUGAGAACCGUGGGCAAGGCGGUAUUCCCUGGGUUGAUGAUAUCGACGCCCCUACUGCACGUACCCGUUUCGCAUCCGUCCAGGCCAACGUUUGGCCUUGGACUCGCGGCAAACCGAGCAUGAGCGGUCCUUCGACGCCAUCUGAUGGCGCCGGCAUUGAAAAGGUUGUCGAUGGGCCUAUCGAUGGGCCCAUCGAUGGUCCUUCAAACGAAUCCCACGAGAUGGUUCACAACCCAUCUGAUAGCACUCCUAAUGGCGUCCCUCACUUGAAUGAGGGAGCUCAUCACGGAGCUAUUCAAGACACACCUGAUGUCAAAGAAUCGGACAAGUCACCCGUAUAA